AUGCAUGAUGGUCAUGGUGACAUAAACGAAGAAACCGGAAAGCCUGAGAUCAUCCAUGAUUACAAUAAAACAAAAAGUGGAGUAGAUACGGUUGACCAAAAGUGCUCGGUAGCUUCAACAGCUCGGAAUACUAGAAGAUGGCCGCUUGCCUUGUUUUUCCGUUUCUUGGAUAUAGCUGGGGUCAAUUCUCAUAUUAUAUACGUCGCCAAUAAUAUGUCAUCGUACGAUUAUCAAAAUUUUCGAAGGUUACCCUUUCUUCAAAGGCUCGCUAUAAACCUCUUAGAAGAACAUCUGGAAGAAAGAGCCAAAGUAAAGAGUGUUCCUAAAGAUAUACAGCAUUUUCUCGCUAAAUACCGAAAUGAAGAUGUUUCCUCUAUUACUCAAGGAAAGAAUCUGCCGAGAUCUGGAGCUUGUCAUGCAUGUGGAACAAGAAAAAACAACAAAACUACGGUUAGAUGUUCUCUUUGUACUCGUUUUGUUUGUAAGAAACAUUGCACUUAUAUAAUUAAGUGCCACUCAUGUCAAAAUUCAGAAAGUUCAGAAGCAAGUAUGGAAGAUUAA